AUUCGCAUCGCGCAGAGGCAGCAGCGGUUUUCUUCUCCCCUCGCUUGAGUUACUCCGGCGGCGGCGAUCACGUCCGGAUCAAGCAGAAGGAGAUGGCAACCCUUGGCCUUACUCCAAACACGAAUCCAAACAAAUCAUUCGAGGUACUUCCUAACCCAGGUGACUCUGUAUCGAGCCUCAGUUUUAGCCCAAAGAGUAAUCUUCUUGUGGCAACUUCCUGGGAUAACCAGGUAAGAUGCUGGGAGAUUGUUGGUGGGAGUAGUCAGCCAAAGGCAUCUAUAUCACAUGACCAGCCAGUUCUCUGCUCAGCUUGGAAGGAUGAUGGAACUACUAUAUUCUCUGGAGGCUGUGAUAAACAGGUAAAGAUGUGGCCUCUGUUGUCUGGUGGGCAGGCUCAGACUGUUGCAAUGCAUGAUGCACCUGUCAAGGAGAUUGCAUGGGUUCCUCAAAUGAAUCUUCUUGUUUCUGGAAGCUGGGAUAAGACCCUAAGGUACUGGGACACAAGGCAAUCAAAUCCUGUCCAUGUUCAGCAACUUCCAGAGCGUUGUUACGCACUUACAGUGAACUAUCCCCUUAUGAUUGUGGGAACCGCUGAUCGUAAUCUGGUUGUCUUCAACUUGCAGAAUCCUCAGGCGGAGUUCAAGCGCAUCCAAUCACCACUCAAAUACCAGACUAGGUGUCUUGCUGCAUUCCCAGAUCAACAAGGAUUUUUGGUGGGCUCCAUUGAAGGAAGAGUUGGCGUGCAUCAUAUUGAUGAGUCACAGCAAAGCAAAAAUUUCACAUUCAAAUGCCACAGGGAAGGGAAUGAUAUUUUCUCUGUCAAUUCACUGAACUUUCACCCAGUUCAUCACACGUUUGCAACCGCUGGAUCGGAUGGUGCAUUCAAUUUCUGGGAUAAGGAUAGCAAACAAAGACUGAAGGCUUUUAGUCGGUGCCCUCUUCCCAUUCCUUGCAGUACCUUUAACACUGAUGGGUCGAUAUUUGCUUAUGCGGUGUGCUAUGACUGGAGCCGUGGGGCUGAAAACCACAACCCUGCCACCGCAAAGACAUCCAUCUACCUUCAUAGUCCACAAGAAUCUGAGGUUAAAGGGAAGCCAAGAAUCACGACAGGAAGGAAAUGAUUACAUCAAGCUACGCAGAACCAAAGAGUGCACGAGAAAUCAUGUAUAUUGGAAGACUAUGUUUAUCCAGGACCUCUCUGUGUCCAUCUUGCAGGAUGCUUUUCUCUUGGUUGGUCAUCAAUUUUGUUGUGUCCAGUCUCGUGUCAGCAUCUGGUAGAUGUAAAUGUCAGUCUACUCGUAGCCACUGAAGAUAGGGGUUUAGUCUCAGGUCUUAGCAUGCAUCUAUUUAGAAUGUCUAGCCCUCUUUUAAGUUAUGUUUAUCAAGUUCUUCCAAGACUAUUUUCUGUUGUCGAUAUAAUCAGAGCGGCGCAUACUCAGCCUCCGAGGGAACUGUUGCAAGUGAUGUAAAUUGUUGCAAAUGUAAUUUGAUACUUUGUUAGAAUUAUCACCAUGUUCUGAUAUCUACUAAAUUUAACGGUGUCAAUCAGCAGUGCAAAUUAACUUUAUGGGGGUUUGGCCCGUGAAUCUGAAUGGUGUAUUUGAAUUUGAAA